GAGACUUUCGCAGUCGCGACUCGAGCAUGGAGUUACUUAGGACUAUAACACAUCAUCAUCAUCACUCUGUGAAUAACAGCAAGAUGUGUGAACACACACACAUACCCGCAGAAAACAGACGUGGGAAAUCUGAGGAGAAUCAUUCUCAUGCCAUACAAGAAAUGUCACGCAUCAUUACGGAUUCUGCUACUGGCAAAUGUUACUGCAGAGGAAAAGUUUUGGGAAAGGGUGGUUUCGCCAAAUGCUACGAAUUCACGGAUCUAAGCACAGGCAAAGUGUAUGCAGCCAAAAUCAUUCCACACACGCGUGUUUCCAAACCCCACCAAAGGGAAAAGAUCGACAGAGAGAUCGAACUGCACAGAGCUCUGCAUCACAAACACAUUGUUCAAUUCUACCACCAUUUCGAGGACAAAGACAAUAUUUACAUCCUACUUGAACACUGCAGUAGACGGUCACUAGCACACAUUCUGAAGGCCCGAAAAGUGCUGACAGAACCAGAGGUUCGGUACUACCUCAGGCAGAUUGUCUCAGGGUUGAAGUAUCUCCAUGAGCAGGAAAUUCUGCACCGUGAUCUUAAACUAGGUAACUUUUUCAUCAAUGAGUCAAUGGAACUCAAAGUUGGAGACUUCGGCCUGGCUGCAAAACUCGAACCUGUCGAGAACCGUAGAAGAACGAUAUGUGGGACACCUAAUUAUCUGUCGCCUGAAGUCUUAAACAAGCAAGGACAUGGCUGUGAAUCUGACGUUUGGGCGCUCGGUUGUGUCAUGUACACCAUGCUUUUGGGCAGGCCUCCAUUUGAGACCACGAACCUCAAGGAGACCUAUCGAUGCAUACGGGAAGCACAAUACUCCAUGCCGUCAUCCUUGUCGCCCCAAGCCAAGCAUCUCAUCAGCAGUAUGCUGGCCAAGAACCCUGAAGACAGACCACAACUAGAAGAAUUUCUGUGCCACGACUUUUUCUGCCAGGGCUUCACACCCGACAGACUGUCUUCUAACUGCUGCCAUGCGGCCCCAGACCUACACCACACCAGCCCUGCCAAGAACUUCUUCAAGAAAGCUGCAGCUGCCCUGUUUGGUGGCAAGAAGGACAAAGCCAAGUACUUGGAGACUCAAAACAAACCAACAAAGGAGGAAGAGGAUGUUAAUAGAGUAUGCCUUGACCUCCGGAAAGCUUCAAUCAGCCCCCAACCCUGUAAACAAACACCUGAGGACAGUAAGCCCCCCAUCCAAACUGCAGGAAAACCAGCUGUCCCAUUUCAGGACAACAACAGCAAACAGCAGAUUAGAGACAGCAUUCGUAUGAUUGUGCGGGGAACUCUCGGGAGUUGUAGUAGCAGUAUCGAAUGUCUUGCGGACAGCACAAUGGGCAGCGUUGCGGACACCGUAGCCCGAGUACUGCGAGGCUGUCUGGAGAAUAUGCCGGAAGCUAAUAAGAUUUCAAAGGAGAGCAUGAAUUGCAGUUUCCAGUGGGUGACAAAAUGGGUGGACUACUCCAACAAGUACGGCUUCGGCUACCAGCUGUCAGACCACACCGUUGGGGUUCUCUUCAACAACAGCUCUCACAUGAGCCUGCUGUCUGACAAAAAGACGGUACAUUACUAUGCAGAGCUGGGACAAUGUUCUGUCUUCUCCACAACGGAAGCCCCAGAGCAGUUUGUCGGCCAGGUCACCAUCCUCAAGUACUUUGCUCAUUACAUGGAGGAAAAUCUGAUGGAUGGUGGCGACUUACCCAGCGUGACAGAUGUGAACAAACCCAGAUUGUACCUUCUUCAGUGGCUCAAGUCAGACCGAGCGCUCAUGAUGCUCUUCAACGAUGGCACUUUCCAGGUUAACUUCUAUCAUGACCACACCAAGAUCAUCCUGUGCAAUCAGAAUGAGGAAUAUCUCCUGACAUACAUCAACGAGGACCGCGUGUCCACCACGUUGCGCCUCAGCACGCUGCUCGUGUCUGGCUGCUCCAUCGACCUGCGCAGUCGCAUGGACUAUGCACUUAACAUGCUGUUGCAGAGAUGCAAUUGAACGCAAAGAACUUUGUGGAUCUAGACACUUUGAAAAGGCAAGAAUGUGGACUACUUAUGGUCGGAUUAGAGGGUUGUGGAGGAGUUAAUAUGGAUUAUGAGUUUUAAAAACGGAUGAACGGAACAAGAGAAUGGACUUAUGAGAAGAUAAACUGAGCUGGGCAGGAACCAGAGACUUAUGGUGAAAUGAGACAUAUAUCUCAUUUAGGUGUUUAUCUUUUUUGUAAAGCAGCAAUCUUGCUUUGUUGAAGCCAAAAAGAGAUGUUAAUGUCUAGGUAAUUUUGGCUUGAAUAGAGCAGGGUGGUUUGAUGUAGCUCUCUGCAGAGCAGGUUUCUUUGAACUGUGAAUACAUUCCGCUUAAGGACAUGGACUUCACUGGAUGCUGUAGUUCUGCGUGGUUGGUUCUGGAAAAAGACAAGAACAGGCUGUAUUUCACUGUGGGCACAUUCGGACAUGCCAUGGACAUAACUUAUUACCAGAACUCAGUAUUUAUUUAUUUAUUUAUUUAAUAAAAGAUGAUUUUAAUAAUUGAUGUUUCAAGACCACGUUAUUUAAUUGUUCAUUCAUACUAUCAUGAUUGGAGCUUUUGUCUGUUUCAUCGAUUUCCGGUGGCAACAUGGGAAUUGUGUCAAAUUGUUAUGCAAGACCUCUGGCAAAACCACAAUCUGCGUUUGUCUUGUCUUGAUGUUUGUAUGAAGAUUAAAGAUGAGUAAUAAUA